ACAUACACUCACACACUCACACCUUGGAGGGUAAAUAGGAAGGGAAGGAAGCCGCAAACAGGGAAGUGAGAACUGUGGAAAAGAAUCCCUUCCCUGGGGGAGGAUUAAAAUCCAAAACCGAGGGAACGUGCUGAAGAAGGCAUAAAAGUUGUACCAAGACUAUCGGCCAUCUGUCACCCGAUCAGCACCCUCGUGAGCAGCACGCGUGGGAAGAUAGGGCUCACAGGCCGAGACACAGGCGGCGCGGCAGCCUGGGGACACAGACGCCGCCACUACCACUCCUCGACAACCCGGGCGCGCUGGCACGGCGGGGACCGACCCGAUCCGACUCGACCCAACCCGGGCGCCGAGCUGCGGGCUCCGCAUCCACGCGGCCGGGUCCCCGGCGUGUGAGGGUCUGGGUCCAGGGCUCCCUGAGGUCGGCGAGGGCGCCGCCGAUCCCGCUGCACUUCCUGUAUUGUCUUCUUUGUAAUCACAAGUCAUGGGGGACGAAGUUAAACCCGUGCCAUGUGAAGAUUUGGAACCAUCCAAAGAGAUGAACUGCACAGCCGCUGGGCAUCAGGGAGCACAGUUACAGGAGACAUUCAUGAACCCCAGAGGCGUAGAUGGAAGGGAACCCACUGAAGGGAGUAACCUGUUGAACAGCCAUGAAGAAAAGCUACAGGAAGCUCCACCUGACUCAAACUGUCUGCAAAGACUGAGACAGGCCCUGGCCUGCCCUCCUCGUGGCUUACUGAACAGAAGCGUCACAAACGUCAUCAUGGCAGUCCUUCUGUGGGCUGUAGUUUGGUCCAUCACUGGCAGUGAAUGUCUCCCAGGAGGAAACCUAUUUGGAAUCAUCAUUCUGUUCUACUGUGCUGUCACUGGAGGAAGACUUUUGGGGCUUGUUAAGUUACCAACACUCCCUCCACUGCCUCCUCUUCUUGGCAUGCUGCUGGCUGGGUUUCUGCUCAGGAACAUCCCAGUCAUCUGUGACAAUGUGCAGAUCGAGCACAGGUGGUCUUCCUCCCUGAGAAGCAUCGCACUGUCUAUCAUACUGGUGCGCGCUGGCCUUGGGCUGGACUCAAAGGCCCUGCAGAAGCUGAAAGGUGUCUGUGUGCGUCUAUCCCUGGGUCCCUGCAUCGUGGAGGCAUGUGCAGCCGCCAUUCUUUCCCACUUCCUGAUGGGUUUGCCAUGGCAGUGGGGAUUUAUACUGGGUUUCGUCCUAGGCGCUGUGUCCCCAGCUGUGGUGGUGCCUUCUAUGCUCCUUCUGCAGGAGGGAGGCUAUGGGGUGGAGAAGGGGGUCCCCACCUUACUCAUGGCUGCGGGCAGCUUCGAUGACAUCCUGGCCAUCACCGGCUUCAACACGUGCCUGGGCAUAGCCUUUUCCACAGGCUCCACCAUGUUUAAUGUCCUCAAAGGUAUUCUGGAGGUGGUGAUUGGUGUGGCAGCUGGAGUUCUUCUUGGAUUUUUUAUUCGGUACUUUCCAAGCCAUGACCAGGCCGCCCUGACGCUGACCCGUGCCUCCCUGCUGCUGGGCCUGUCCGUGCUGGCCGUGUUCAGCAGCGUGCGCUUCGGUGUCCCGGGCUCAGGUGGGCUCUGCACGCUGGUCACUGCCUUCCUGGCAGGCUUGGGAUGGAGCGACGAAAAGGGUGAGGUUGAAAAGAUAAUUGCCAUCGCCUGGAACAUUUUCCAGCCACUUCUUUUUGGCCUGAUUGGAGCAGAGGUAUCUGUUGCAUCUCUCAGACCAGAAGCUGUUGGCUUCUGUGUUGCCACCUUGUGCAUUGCAGUGCUCAUACGAAUUUUGACCACAUUUCUCAUGGUGUGUUUUGCUGGUUUUAACAUAAAGGAAAAGUUAUUUAUUUCUUUUGCUUGGCUUCCGAAGGCAACAGUCCAGGCUGCAAUAGGAUCGGUGGCUUUGGACACAGCACGGUCCCAUGGAGAGGAGCAGUUAGAACGCUAUGGAAUGGAUGUGUUGACAGUGGCCUUUUUGGCCAUUCUUAUCACAGCCCCCAUUGGAGCCCUACUUAUUGGUUUGCUGGGCCCCGGGUUUCUCCAGAAGCUUGAACAUCAAAAUGAAGACGAAGUUCCUCAACAGACUUCUGUGCAGCUUUAGAGGUGAAAAGAGCAAAAUGCUGAACAUAAUGAUCAGAAAGCUGUUACCACAGGCUAAUUCUAGCAAGAUGUAUUUUGAAAUGUGUAAUGUUUAAACUAUGAUAGAGUGAAAAGUGUGCCUAUAUCUUUAUGCAGCAGUUUGAGCCCUUGUCCUUAGCACACUGUGUGUUGUAUUCUAUGUCUGAUCUAUCUUCUUUUUCCAAACACUUCUUCAUUUUAUAUUGUUACCCUUCAAUGUUUAGUGAUCCGUUUUGGGGAUGCCCAUAACAAUGGAACAUAAUGAAAUGUGUUCUUUUCAAAUUCUUGUUCCUUGAAUUUUUCUGGGUAACAUAUAUGAAUUUCAUACAAACAUUGGAAAAAUUUCAGUGUUUGGCAUAAAUGGGUUAAUUCGUAUAAGGACAUACCUACAAUUCAAAGUUAGCAAGGGAAACAGCAAUUCCAGUAUCUCUUCAGCUGCCCAGUAGCUUGCUUAAACUUACGUUAACUUUCAUCAGUUUCGUGAUUUGUGAUCACUGUGGCAGCCACCAUCUAAGUUUCCAUCUCUUCCAUGAUCUCUGAAACCUUAUGCUUAUGACUGAAAAGUCUUGGGAGGAAUUUAUUUAUUGCUAGGUAAUAUUAAAGUCAGAAUGAAAAGGCCAAUGGGCUCCCUGCGUGAAGCCUUGGUUUUAUCACCACAUUUAAAGUCAUAGCUUUUCUUUUUGCUUCUGUUUCUUCAUUUUUUUUUAAGGUGCCAGGGGGUCAAACCUAGAGUCUUACAUGUUCCAGGCAAGCUCUGUACCACUGAGCUACAGCUGAGCUACAUCUCCAGCCCAAAAGCCACAACUCUUCUCUCAGUGACUCAGCUGGUGAAAUCAGAGUUAGUUUGUUCACAAACUGACCAACCAAACUUAGCCCCACCAGUCAGGGAUAAGAACAAUUCCUUUGAUCUCCAGUCCACCAGAACACAUCUAUCUGACCUUUUCAGGUUGUUUAUAUGUUUGUCUGCUAUUAACUUGGUUCCUUGGGUUUAGAAGACUUGUUUUAGUCAUCUUUGAACCAUUUUAGAGUAUAGAACAUAGUAGGCACUUAAUAAACAUUUAUUGAAUCUGAGAGGGGGGCCACAUCUAGUUUCAGGUAACUUCUUGCCUUACAACAGUUCCAUUCUUUGUCUGCUUAGUCCAGUUUACUUACUUGGGUUGUUAUAACUGCAUUACCUCCUCACAUCCCAUCCAUAUACCAUCACGUUGGAUUGUUAGGGCUUCAACACAUGAAUUAGAGAUGGGAGAAUAUAAUUGUUUGUAAUUCACAGGAGUGUCAUUUUCCCAAAGACAAUGCAAACUGACACUGUGCAUUCUUGCUCUUCAAACACCUUCUUUCCUAGAGUCAGUAACGUCCACCUCUCUACUGAGAGUUUAUGUUUCCAGACAAAUAGUUAAGUUUCAGCUCUUUGUUAUUGCAACAAUCUAAUAUUUUUCUCUGGCAUUAACUUCAAUAACCUUGACUGAAGUUGGAUGUCCUCUAGAUUUCCUGUCAUACAUUCGUUUACAAAUAGUCUCAUCUGUUACAUUAUUUUAAAAAUAAUUUUUCUGAUUAUAAAAUAAUACAUUUUCAUUGUCGAAGACAGAACACAAAAAAGGGCAAGGAAGAAAAUUGAAACUGGCUUUAAUAUAAAUAUUCUUCAGUUUGAGUCUUCUAAAUUUUACUCAUACCAUUUUGGAGGAUGUCUUAUUUUUAGGAAGUUAUAUUAUCUACUGAAUUAGUUGAGUGAAAGACAACAUAAAUAUAUUUAAUUUUAUCAAGAUACAUAAUUUGAAUAUUUUAUUAUAUACAGUAAAUGCUGAGCUUUCACAAUCAGGUGUUCAUUCAUGUAUUUAUUUUUAAUAAAUAAAAUUCCUGCCUUUGUGGAA